CUGUAGAGGUCAGGAUGCUCUCUGUGCUGCACCUGUAGAGGUCAGGAUGCUCUAUAUGGUGCACCUGUAGAGGUCAGGAUGCUGUCUAUGGUGCACCUGUAGAGGUCAGGAUGCUCUCUGUGGUGCACCUGUAGAGGUCAGGAGGCUCUCUAUGGUACACCUGUAGAGGGUCAGGAGGCUCUCUAUGAUGCACCUGUAGAGGCCAGGAUGCUCUCUAUGGUGCACCUCCUGGAGUCCAUAUUGAACCUCACGCAGUUGUGGUGUUUCUCUGUGGUUCUGGUGGUUGUUGUGUUUCUCUGUGGUUCUGAUGGUUGUAGUGUUGCUCUGUGGUUCUGAUGGUUGUUGUGUGUCUCAGAGCGGGGCAGACCGGCCUCUCAGUGGUCGCUGGGCCCAGUUCCUCGCCGGUUGGUCCAGCGAUGACUUCUGUUCGUCCCUGGAGCUCAAAGGCCUGUUGCGGGGGGGCAUCCCUCGGGAGUACCGGCAGCGGGUCUGGACCUGGCUGAUCCGGGCCAGAACCAGGAGUGCCAGGGAGCGCCACCCAAAGCGCUACCAGCAGCUUUGUGAGAAAAGCCUGGAGUCUCCUCGUCCCGCCUCCAGACAGAUCCAGCUGGACCUCCACCGCACCCUGACCACCAAUCAGCACUUCUCCUCACCCUCUAGCCCCGCCCUCCAGCAGCUGCGCCGCGUCCUAUUGGCCUUUUCCUGGCAGAACCCUGCCAUUGGCUACUGCCAAGGCCUCAACAGGCUGGCGGCUCUGGCCCUGCUGGUUCUGCAGAGCGAGGAGGAGGCGUUCUGGUGUCUGGUGGCCGUGGUGGAGAACAUCAUGCCUCCGGAUUAUUACACCCAGAAGCUGCUGGCCUCGCAGGCGGAUCAGCGCGUUCUGAAAAUCUUCCUAUCGGAGAAGCUUCCUCGUCUCUCCGCUCACCUGCAGCUUCACAACGUGGACGUGUCGCUGGUCUCCUUCAACUGGUUCCUGGUGGUUUUCGUGGAGAGUCUUCCCAGCGACCUGCUGCUGAGGCUGUGGGACGCCUUCCUGUACGAGGGCAGCAAGGUGAUCUUCAGGUACGCUCUGGCUCUGUUCAAAUACAAAGAGGACGACAUCCUGAAGAUCCAGGAUGGCGUGGAGAUCUACCAGUACCUGCGCUUCUUCACCAAGACCAUCACUGACGGCAGGAGGCUGGCCAGCAUUGCGUUCGGCGACAUGAACCCGUUCCCCGGUCGGCUGCUGAGGAACCGGCGGGUUCUUCACCUGCAGCGUCUGCAGGCGGAGCUGCAGGAUCUGGAGGACCAGCAGCAGGAGUUCAUGAGGGAGAACCGGCGGGACGACAAAGAGCUGGACGUCAGCGAGGACGAAGACGAACUUUUAUAAACUUUCAGGGUUUAUUUCUAAACUGACGAGUGAGAGCAUACACAUGCGGACUCUGACAUGUUUUCCUGUGAAUUCUUCUCUGGUUCCUGUUGGUACUGGUCUACACAAUGAAAAUCAAACUGGUUCAGAACUCAUUGAAUGUUAUUCUGCUAGAGUUAGCCUUCUACCCUAUGAUAGUGGUUCCCUUACCGAGUGCUAUUGGUUUGUUCUGGUCCUGUUUCUCUCUGUAAUGAAACACAUUUCAACACCA